UCUUCCCUCUUGUCUUUCAAUAACCAAAAGCAAGACCUUUCUCGGAAGACGAAGACCAGGAAGUUUCCUCUGACCUUAAAAACCCUUUUUCCUCAUUCGAAGCAUAUACGGAAAGACUCUGAAAUUAGGGUUAGGGUUUUGCAGAACGAGAAAAAUGCUGGAUUUACAGAAGAGGAGAGUUCGGCUGGCGCUCUUCGUCGGUGGCCUUAUUGCCCUCAGCAUCACCGCCGAAAAAUGCAGAGAGCUGGUUGGAGAGGAGGCAUCAUCUCAAAGUGGGAAGUUCACAUUUUUAAACUGCUUCGACAUGGGCUCAGGAAGUCUAGCAUGUGUAGUUAAGGAGAGUGUCAAGCUAUAUUUCAACAAUAUCAGAACUGCCCAUGUUGAGAAAGUAAGACAUAAAGCUAUUGAGGUCGCCCUGACUGAAGCAUUGUUAGAAGGGCUUAGUGCCAGUGCUGCAGCAAAGGAAGCACAGAAAGUUGGAGCUAAAGCUGCAAAGCUAGCAUCCCGACAAACCAAACGCAUCAUUGGGCCUAUUAUUUCGUCAGGGUGGGACUUCUUUGAAGCUAUAUAUUACGGGGGUACAAUGACAGAAGGAUUCCUAAGAGGCACGGGAACCUUGUUCGGGACCUAUGCAGGAGGUUUCCAAGGAGAACAGAGACUUGGGAGGGUGGGUUAUCUUGUGGGAAGCCAUUUGGGUAGUUGGGUGGGAGGACGGAUAGGUUUGAUGGUGUAUGACGUGAUCAAUGGAGUGCAUUACUUGCUUCAUUUUGUUCAAACGGUAGAGAAUGUGGUAGAGAAUGUAGUUUCCGGUGAAACCUCUGAAGGUUACGAAGCAGCAUAUGAGAGCUCUGAAGCGUCUGAGGAUUCUUACGAGGUAUCCUAUUGAGAUGGGGACUGAUUUACUUUCAGUCUCCUUAUUGUUUUUGGUUAUUGUUCUCGUGUACCAUCACAUAAAACACAUGUAUAUAGAAUGUUCAUGAAGCUACCAUGCUGUUUGAAUCCAUUUUAGAUUGCU